AUGGAGUCUAAGAUCGAGACGCUGACUCUCACUCUGGUGAAUUUGUUUCAUUUGUCAAGAAAACGAGCCGUGACGAUGACUGAACAAGUGAAUCGUUUGGUAUCACCGGAUAGAGGCAGAUCAAAGAAUGCAGCUCUGCCAUCUACAUCUCAAGUGACUUGCAGUAGACUAGAUGUUGAAGGCAUGGACCUACAAAGAACUUCUUCUAGAGAACUAGGAAACUCAUUGCAGGUUGUGAUAGAAGACCUAAGGGAGACGGCGACGGCGAUUUCAGAAGACCCACCUGGUGCCAAGGAAAAGCCUUCUGAAGGAGAGCGUGAUAAGACUUCGAGGACAGAGAACACCCUGUCGGAGGCUGGGGAGGAGAUUGCAGAAUCGGGAGAGGGAUUUCCUCCCCCGUCCUCACCUUGGACGAGGGAUAGGGAAGCAUCGUUACAACCUGUUAUUGAGGAAACUAAUGGAGUGGUAUCAAUGGUGAUCCCAACAGAGGUCUUAUCUGAUGCAAAUCCUUUGUGGAGAUGCUACGUUGUGGGCUAUUUCAUUGGAGAUGCUCCUCAUGUAGGAUCAAUCCAUGCCACUGUAAAUCGGAUCUGGGCUAAUCCAAAGAACAUGACUAAGAUUGAUGUUCAAUUUAUUGAGAAGAAUACAGUCUUUUUCCGUAUCGAGAAUGAACAAAUGAGAGGAAGAGUCCUGCAGAAGAAGUAUUGGCACAUAGUGGAUAUCCCUCUGGUGGUGAAUGAAUGGUCUCCGGAGACUGCAACUCUGAAGCCUGACCUCACUUCCAUGCCAAUGUGGAUUGAUUUGCGGGGGUGCCUAGUCCUUUAUUUUCAGCAAAGGCUGCAUCCAAGUACAGAGAGGUGUAUACGUUUGGAUAUUGCACGACUCCUAGUGGAAGUUAAUCUUCAUAAGGAGCUGGUAGAGAGGAUCGAUUUCCAGGAUGCUAAUGGGGAGAAGGUUUCGGUCGAAUCUGCUAAGGGAAAAGAGAUCUGCACUCCAGAAUCAAAUGAGAUUGCAGAGGUUGGUGUGAGACAGAAUCAGAAUGUGGUGGGAAAGUUAUUGCAGGAGUUAGAAGAUCUGGCAGUGCAGAAGUCAACUGAAGUGGGUUCUUCAAGUGAUCGACUGACUGAGAAGUAUGGUGAGGGAGCAAGAAGUGGUGACAGUACUGACCCACCAUUGAAUGCGGAGGGAUAUGAGGAAGCGUUUGUUCUUAAUAGAACAGAGCAGAAGCAGUGGUCACUGGUGCAAACUGGCUCUACUUAUAACAAAGUACCAAGUGAGACAGGAGAAGGAAAUAGUAAUGGCAUUACGGUAUCCCCAUCUCGUUUCAAUGUUCUGGCUGUUUCAGAGGAUGAGGGAGAAUUAGAUGACAUUGAGGAAGGGGAGCUGGUACCAGUGUUGACUAAGACUGAAGUACCAAGGGAAACUAAGAGAAGGGGUAAAGCUCAGCAGUCUGUUGUCAAUAAAAACUCCAGAAAGAAAGUUGUGAAUUCAAGAGACUUGAGAGUACAGGUCACUAUGUUGCACAAGAGUUCUCAAGCUAUCACUUGUGCAGUUCAAAUACCUGAGACGAAGGAGCAGUUUAUUUGUUCUGCGGUAUACGCUUCUAACUUUGAAGUUGAGCGUAGAGAACUGUGGGAAGAUAUGCGAGGCACACUUGCAGCUUAUAAGCAUCUCGACAUGCCAUGGAUCCUAUUAGGAGAUUUCAAUGUCACGUUAUCUUCAGGGGAACAUUCGCGGGUUCAUGACUAUCUUACUGAUCAGAGAGGGAUGCGACAGUUUCAGGAGCAAGAGACAGAUCCUAUUGGGAAAAAGCUUGAUAGGGCUCUCAUUAAUGGUGACUGGCUGCGCGUUUUCCCUAAGUCUUUUGCCAAGUUCGAAGCUGGUGGAAUUUCUGAUCAUGCCCGAUGUGUUAUUCAGCUGUCUGAGAAUAGAGAGGAGGUGCGGAAGCCUUUCAGAUUUUUCAAUUAUCUGAAAGAGCAUGAGGAAUUUCUACCAACAGUUGCUAAGUUGUGGGAAAGCACAGAAUCACUCCAUCACUCUCGGGCUUCAUUGGGGAUGUUCCAUAAAAAACUUAAGGCCUUGAAGUAUGAGAUGAGACUCAUGAAUAAAACGCAUUAUGGUGAUCUUCCUGCUCGCACCAAGCAAGCUUACGAGGUGAUGUGCGACUGA